CGGAUAGUAAUAUAAUGGCAUAUGCUUUGCAUUAAGUCGCGUACCCUUAUCAUUUGCUAAUAAUGCCUCAUGUUUUUUUUAUUCAAGGCAACAAAGAGGACAUGCGCAAGAACCUGUUUUGUGAGGGAAUUGGAGCAAGUUUCGGAAGGAAUGUGUAUCAACACCGGAUUGCAUUAGACUGGGAAAUCAUUAGGCUAGUCAUCUCUAUCGGGUCUGAAUGCUUUCUUCCACCCCGGGCACUUUGUCUUUGUACUGGGAACAAACUAUUUCACUUUGUCUUUGUGCUGGGAACAAACCAUUUUGAUAAUGUUUGAUCAUAUGUACAGCAAGUAUUUUGUUCGGGGAUCACAUCACACAAGGAUAACAAUGUAACGAUUCAUCAGGAUUACAACGAAUAGACAGACACAUGUUUGCAAUUUGUUUCUUGGUGAAAACACAUUUUCGGAUAAACCGAUGUCAAUGCUUCCGUGAGCCGAGGACUGAGGAGUUACAAGUUGCGAAGCCCACAAGUUAUAUUGCAGUUUCAAGUAUUGAAGGAAAAGAUUGGACAUCAAAGAAAACGUUUAGGCCAAGGUAACGUAAUGCUAUCAAUAGGAAUAUGGUACUGAUGUAGUGGGCAGUGGGUGCAUGGCAUAUGCUAGCAAUAUACCAAGUUUGCAAUUCAAAUUUGCAGUAAGAAUUCCAUUGGAAAUAGCCCAUAUUCUGUUAAUUGUACGUGUUCAGGAAUUGAUCCUCACUACCGUUGAAAACCAUCUGCAAUUCGAUUUUACUGUUUUUAUAUACAGUCCAUAGAUCUACUAAAAAUAUGGACAAGAUUGUUGGCAGAGUAUAGAAAACAAGACAGGACAGUUGUGUAAUUGAGUUAUAAACAUACCCAGCUGUAUACUGCACUAGUUAUUUUUUAAGAGAGUAGAUAAAGCACUAAGGUUAUUAUCAUGUUAUAGUGCAUGAACACAUUCAAAAUUAGUAGUUUGUAUCAGUAUUAGUGUCAUUUGAGACUUUGUGUCAUUCAAGUCACUCUUUCUCUUCUUCUCUUAUUGAUUUGUUGGGUGACUAGAGUUGAGAUUAGAUGAAAUAGUAGGGUUAUGGUUCAGCUAUUCAGAGAUCACCCAUUUGCACAACAUGUGUUAACAAGUUGUGCUCAAGGGUAGCAGAAUCACAAUGAUUUUAGGCAGUGUGCAUAUGAUAGUCAGCUGAUUUUUGAUGUCAAAAGUGAGUCAAAAUGUCGAUGAAAGGCAAGGCACUCUUCACUUUCCAAAGUGAAAACAAAGAGGAGAUCAGCAUACAGGAGAAUGAAGAACUGGUUAUCUUUGACAAUAACUCUGUGGAUGGAUGGUUACAAGGGGAGAACAGUAAAGGACAGAAAGGUCUCUUCCCAGCCUCUUAUGUGGAAGUAAUCCGCCCUCGUUCCAACUCCAACAUGACAGACUGCUCCAUAAGCCCGGAGGGUUCUCCCGGCAAUGGCUCCUCAUAUUUCCCCUCUACAGCAAACACGCCCUUUCACAUGCAACAGGGUUACUAUCACGAUAACGAUGAUGACUGGGAUGAUUGGGAUGACAGUUCCACAGUGGUGGACGAUGAUGGCCCCAAUGGCACAAAUGGACAUUCCCAUCAGAGCCCCCACUCCAACAACCCCAAUGUCCACUAUUGUGCCAAACCUUACAUGGAGAGGCAGGACAUCAUCUCCAGCUCGCGGAAGGGCAGUAUGGUAGGCAGGAACUUGAACAGAUUCUCCAGCUUUGUCCGCUCAGGGGUGGAAGCAUUUGUGUUGGGCGAUGUGCCCAUGAACGCUAAGAUAGCCGAGUCAUACACCAUUGCGAUGGGCCCCAAAGGGCCUCAAUGGAAAGAGAGCCCCACACCUUUCUCUUGCUCCAUCGAGGACCCCACCAAGCAGACCAAGUUCAAAGGCAUCAAGACCUACAUAUCUUAUCGGGUGACCCCGAGCCACAAUGCGAGGCCUGUGUAACGGCGUUACAAGCACUUUGACUGGUUGUACAAUCGUCUACUGCACAAGUUCACCAUCAUCUCGGUACCCCACCUGCCUGAGAAACAGGCAACGGGGCGCUUUGGGGACGAUUUCAUUGAGAAGCGCAAGAGGCGGCUGAUUCUCUGGAUGGACCACAUGACCAGCCAUCCGGUCCUGUCGCAGUAUGAGGGCUUUGAGCACUUCCUGAUGUGUGCCGAUGACAAGCAGUGGAAGCUGGGAAAACGGCGGGCGGAGAAGGACGAGAUGAUGGGAGCCAACUUCAUGCUUACCUUCCAGAUCCCCAACGAGCACCAGGACCUGCAGGACGUGGAGGAACGUGUCGACUCCUUCAAGACCUUCACCAAGAAAAUGGACGACAGCGUCAUGCAGCUGACGCACGUGGCCUCUGAACUUGUGCAGAAGCACCUCGGUGGUUUCCGGAAGGAGUUCCAGCGUCUGGGGAACGCUUUCCAGAAUGUCAGUCAGGCGUUCAUGCUGGACCCUCCCCACUGCUCGGAAUCCCUCAACACUGCCAUCUCCCACACAGGACGCACAUACGAGAACAUUGGUGAAAUGUUUGCCGAGCAACCUAAUUACGACCUCUUCCACAUGCUGGACAAACUGUCGCUCUACCAGGGCCUCCUCGCCAACUUCCCAGACAUUAUUCAUUUACAGAAAGGUGCGUUCGCCAAGGUCAAAGAGAGUCAGCGGAUGAGCGACGAAGGAAAGAUGGACCAGGACGAGGCGGACGGAGUGUGUAAACGCUUCAGGACAGUAGGAUUUGCCCUGCAAGCCGAGAUAAACCACUUCCACCAGCGCCGUGAGGUGGACUUCAAGGAAAUGAUGCAGGCCUACCUCAAACAGCAGAUAGCCUUCUACCAGCGUGUGGGCCAACAGCUGGAGCGUACCCUGCACAUAUAUGACAACCUGUAGAGGCUGGGCCUAUCAUCAUUCCAAACGUUAUCCUUCUAAUCCAAAAUGGCCACCCAGUUCAACAGGGCCUCCCCAGGGGUUGCCAAAAAAUCCUAGUGAAUACAGAGACAUGGCUGUAGUUGGGAAAGUGUAUCACUUUAUUACAUUUUUGUCAUGGUGGACCAUUAUAGUCACACAAACCCUGGCUUGAAAGAGGGGUUGCUGAGGUUGUUGCCUUAGAAAGAUGACUUUCUGCUUAUUUUGGCCUGAAUAGACAGAAAGAGGGAAUGUACUAGAAGAGACUGGGGAAGCCAGUUUGUGUACUUCACACAAUAGUCACUUUCCAGGCUGGAUUUCAAAGUCGAAAUUGUUGGUUGCAAGGGACUUACACCAUUGUAUUUUUCAUAAUUCCACCAAUUUUGCAAUGUUUUGACCAUAAUGUUUUUAUUUGAUAUGUUAGCAACCAAUCUUAAUGUAUUAAAUCAUUGGUGGCAUUUAAUCAUUCUUUGUAGAGGGUCAAAGAUAGGCAUGUGUAGCCUUAAUGCUUAGACAAUUCCCUGUAGAUGAUAGAAACUGAACUCCAUUGGUGUAAUGUAUGAUAGCCAUGCCAGAAUAAGGGCUCGACUGCUCAGGUGUUCAGUGCAAACAUGUUACAUUAAUGUAUUUUCUUGAAUUAGCUCUCCAUACAAGCCAAGUUCCAAGAGGCAGCAGCUGCACUACAUAGUUUAAGAUCCUGUCCUGUGGUCCCUGUCAGUGCCUUAAGGAACCAAGCAUUUGAGUGUGAUUUUUGUAACAAAUGUCUUCACCUGCCUCCGUUUUCCAUUUGAGGAGAAGUAGUUGAGUUUGCACAGAGGCUUUGUAACCGUGGACCAUGGUGUUGAGUCUGUGCGUGCAUGUGCGUGCAUGGCUGGCUCCUCCGUCGCGACGUUACCUGAACGCCCAUCUGCGGCCUAACCGUUAGCUGUCUUACCGG